AAUAAUUCCGGGUGAGAGGGGGGUUAUAGAACGGCCUGGAAGAUAUUGAUUGCAAUGGGCAUCAACAGCAAAAAAGUGUUACUUGCAUUGGGUCUGGGUGCCUUCACAGGCAUUGCUCUUUAUUUGCUGUACAAAAAGAACGAAGACGACGACGACCUGGAGAACUUCAGUGAAACGUCCACCUCACGACAUACGCUUAUCGAAAUGAAAAUACCCCGAAACGCAGUUGGUUUUGUCAUUGGCCGCGAAGGAUCAAACAUUAAGGACAUACAAGAGAUGACCAAUACCAGAAUUAACUUCAAAAAUCCUGCCGGGCCGUCGGAUGAGCGGAUAUGCGUGAUCCGUGGCAAGGCUGAGUGUGCCCAGGAGGCCGAGCGUCUGAUCCAGCGGGCCAUCAGCGAGCAGCCCAACAUCCUCACCAUCACCGUCAGCGUCCCGCAGCGCGCCUGCGGUCGCAUCAUCGGACGGAACGGCGACACGAUCCGUGAGAUGUGCGCCGUGUCCGGCGCCAAGAUCAUCGUCGACAAGGACUUCAAGACGUCGACAGAUGGCAUGCGAGCGGUCACCAUCAAAGGCACCGAGGACCAGCUGGCCACUGCCAAACAAAUGCUGCAGGAGAAGGUGGAGGAGGAGGAAGCUAUGCGCCGCAGGAUUGACCUAUCCGCCUCCAAUCGUGCGCCGCGGCACAAGAAUAAGCUCACGGACGCCACCAAAGGGCAGGAUGGCGCCGAGCCGGUGCCCACGCGCGAGAGUCUGGUGGCCACCGGGUCCGAUGGCUACCUCGAGGUGUACGUGUCGGCUGUCGACACCCCCGGCCACUUCUGGGUGCAGGUGAAGUCGCCACGCGCGAUCGAGCUCGACAAGCUGGUGGAGCGGAUGACGGCGCUCUACUCAGAGGAGAGUAACCGGGAGAUGUACAAGCUGAAGAAGGUGUCGGUAGGGGAUGUGAUCGCGGCGCCGUUCCCGUACGACAAGUCGUGGUACCGGGCCGAGGUGGCCGAGGUGGCUGAAAGUGAGGCCGACCCCGCCGACGCCGCCCUCACCGUCUACUACGUCGACUUCGGCGACACGGACACGGUGAAGCGACGCGACGCUGCCGAGCUGCGAACCGACUUUCUCGGCCUCAGCCACCAGGCCGUCGAGUGCUUCCUCGCCGGCGUGAAGCCCUCGGACUGCGCUUGGACAGACGCGGCCGGCGACUGUUUCGAGGAGCUGUCGUACGCGGCCCAGUGGAAGUCGAUCAUGGCCAAGGUGCUGCGGUACCAGCAGGCCGGCAGCCACAAGGUGCCUGUGGUGGAGCUUGUCGACACCAACUCGCCAAUGGACGUGGACAUCGCCAAGGAGCUGGUGAAGCGGGGCCACGCCGUCUGGCAGGCGGCGGGCGCGGCCGGCGGCGCGCGGGGCUCGUUCGGCUGGGGGCACCAUCCAGAUGUGCCAACGUUGUGCAGCUUCUCGCCACACGGUCGCGGGCUGCAGUGCACAGAGCUGGCCGGUCAGAGCCGCCUCAUGAUCGGCUCGCCCGCCGUCGGUGCACAGAGCUGGCCGGUCAGAGCCGCCUCCUGA